AUCUAAAAUAAUUGAUGCACCGUUAAUUUGAUAAUCUUGAUUGAUAUAUGAUAAACUUCGCUAUAUAAAUGACAAUGGCGGAGAAGAAAUUUUUGUUCAUAUAUUGUAUGGUAUGUUUGGUUUUCUAAUUAGUUCAUUGAAAAAAGGUCGAAAGAAGGGCCAUGAAAGCUCACGUUGGCAUGAGCCAUGGACUGGUGGUGCUAUUGCUUGUGAUGAUCUCCUUGUGGUGCACUAAGGCUAUGGUGUAGGCAAACGAAGGUGCGGCAGCAUCUGAAGCGAUUGAAUAAGCCUGCAGUUAAGAGCAUCAAGAGCCCGGAUGGAGAUAUUAUAGACUGUGUCCACAUCUCUCAUCAGCCAGCCCUUGAUCAUCCUUUACUCAAAAACUAUACUGUCCAGGUGUGCUAUCUUUCCCCCUUACUUUCUCUUCUUUUCAAAUCCUUCCCCUUUCACUUAAUAUUUACACCUAGGGAUCUCUUUACUUUGUCCUCACUUUGUGCAAUCUUCAGAUGAGGCCAAGUUUCCACCCAUUAGGCCUAGAUGAUGGGAAUGAGGUGGCUUCAAAGAUGGAGACUAGCUCCAUACGUCAGCUUUGGCAUCAAAAUGGGAGGUGCCCAAGGACACCAUCCCUAUUAGGAGGACCAAGAAGGAUGAUGUGAUGAGAGCGAGCUCUGUCGAAAGAUACGGAAAGAAGAGGCACCAUCCCUAGUAGGAGGACCAAGAAGGAUGAUGUGAACAAUCGAUGGACAACAAAAAUAAAUAUUUUUCUUUUUGUAUAUUCAAGUAAUUUAAUAGCCCACAAGAAAGAGAGAGAAAAUCUUGUUAUGGAAAUCCUUCAUUAUGGAGGAAACAAUUGAUGGACAAUUAAUUUGAUAAUCAGAUAAGCUCUUUCAAUUAAUGCACAAAAUCAAGCAGAAUCUGUGGCAUUUAAUUUAAGUAAGAUAUUCUUUGAUAUAUAAUAGGCAACCAGGAAGAAGAAGUUUGUUAUAUAUAUAUUGGAUGGUGUAUGUUUUUAUUUUCAUUGAAAAGGGUUUGAAAGAAAGGGCUAUGGAGGUGCACAAUAGUAUGAGCCAUGGUCUAGUCGCGCUAUUGCUGAUGAUGAUUUGCUUAUCUUGCAUCAUGCCUAGAGUGUGGGCUACAAUCGAGCAGUUCGAGAUGCAGCAACACCUGAUCCGAUUGGAUAAACCUGUCAAAAGCAUCAAGAGCCCGGAUGGGGAUAUCAUAGACUGUGUCCAUAUCUCUCAUCAGCCAGCCUUCGAUCAUCCUUCGCUCAAAAACCAUACUAUCCAGAUGAGACCAAGUUUCCAACUAUUAGGCCUAUACGAUGAGAAUAGGGAGGCAUCAAAGAUGGAAACUAGCUCCAUACCUCAACUUUGGCAUCAAAAUGGGAGGUGCCCCGAGGACACCAUCCCUAUUAGGAGAACUAAGAAGGGUGAUGUGCUGAGGUCCAGCUUUAUCGAAAGAUAUGGAAAGAAGAGGCAUAGGACAAUCGCAAAUCCAACUUCUAUAGAACCCAACUGGAAUAGCAUUGGACAUGAGCAUGCGAUUGCUUAUGUAACAGGAGAUGAGUACCAUGGAGCAAAGGCAACCAUAAAUGUGUGGAACCCGAAGCUGGAAAACAAAGAUGAGUUCAGUCUGUCUCAACUUUGGAUUCUUGGAGGUCCUACAGAAGUUCUCAAUACCAUCGAAGCUGGCUGGCAUGUUGAUCCAUCUCUGUAUGGAGAUCAUAGAACAAGACUAUUUACUUUCUGGACGGGUGACGGUUAUAAAUCAGGCUGCUACAACCUACGAUGCUCUGGGUUCGUUCAAGUCAACAAGGAGGUAGCAUUGGGAGCCACCAUUUACCCCAUUUCUAGCUAUGGUGGACGCCAAUAUGAAAUCACUUUGUCUCUCUGGAAGGAUCCAAAAACGGGGAAUUGGUGGCUGCAGUAUGGGAAUCAAUCUCCAGUGGGGUACUGGCCUUCUUCCUUACUCCCUCAUCUGUCCGAUAGUGCCUCAAUGAUACAAUGGGGAGGGGAGGUUGUGAACUUAUAUUCAAAAGGUCAGCACACCUCCACGGAGAUGGGCAGUGGCCAUUUCCCAGAAGAAGGUUUUGGCAAGGCGAGCUUCUUCAAAAACAUACGAAUAGUUGAUAAGUCCGACCAACUUCAAGCUCCUCGAGGGGUUCGCACUUUUGCUACACAAGCCAACUGCUAUAAUGUGCACCAUAAGAACAAUGGUUACUUCUACUACGGGGGUCCUGGUUUAAAUCCUAGUUGUACAACGUAGAAGGUCGUAGGUUUUUGUAUCUCCAUCUUGUUGG